AUGGGGCGCCUCCUCCCGCCUCCUCCCUGGAGUCCCGUGGGCCUGUGCGUGGCUCUUCUGCUGGGACUCAGCUGGGCCGAAGAGGGCCUUGGCUGCCCCCAGGGCUGCACCUGCGAAAGGUGGGAAGUGGCCUGCACAGGGGGGGGCCUGGACCGUGUCCCCAGCGCCAUCCCACUGACCACCAAGGUGCUGGUUCUGGCCAACAACAGCCUGGCCAGCUUGCCGCCGAUGGAAAUGAGCUACCUCAACGACCUCGUCUACCUGGACUGCAGCCGCAACCUCUUACACAUGAGCUUCGAUUUCACCUUUCCCAGAAUGGUCAAACUGACGUACCUGGACCUCAGUUUCAACCGGAUCCUGCGCAUAACCCCCCGCACCUUCUCGCAGCUGCAGGGGCUGCUGCUGCUGAAUCUCUCCAGCAACCCCACCUUGGUGGAGAUCAAGGCACACGCCUUCGACAGCAACCCCCUCCUGAGGUACCUGGACCUGCGCGCCUGCGGCUUGACCUCCGUCGGCGCGGACACCUUCCGCCAGCUGCACAACCUGCACUCCCUGGGGCUGGCGGAGAACCCCUGGAGCUGCGACUGCAGCUUGCUGGAAUUCUGCAACUGGAUGAAGAAGGCCCACGUCCAGUACCCAGACCCCGAGAGGACCCUGUGCCAGAAGCCAGACAACGUCCGGGGCCUGCAGGUCCUGGAAGGCGCCUCGCGGAUCCACUACACCUGCUUCGUGCACCUAGAGCUGGGGGACUUUGCGGUCAUGGCCCUGAUCGCCUUCUGCAUCUUCUUCGGGGGGACCCUGGCCGCCUGGCUGGUGGGCAUCAGCGCCGUGAUCUACUACCACCCGGUGCCGAAGGUGAACGACGAGUCCGAGGACGAGGACUGGCCUCCUAAGCCGAGUCAUGACCCAGCGGCGGAACCUGCCUCCGGCUCGGCCAUGGCCAAGAGGGUUCGGACCGUGAAUCAGAGGCACGUGUGGAUGGUGCUCCUCCUGGGAAUCUGCUGGAGGGCGGAAGGCGGGGGCUGCCCCGAGGCGUGUGUUUGCCAGUACCUGUCCGUGAACUGCACGGACAAGCAGCUGGAGGACUUCCCCGCCCCGAUCCCGCUGGACACGCGGCAGCUGGUCCUGGCUCGGAACCGGCUCAGCUACUUGCCCUCGGUGGAGCUGAACUUCCUCAGCGACCUGAUCUACCUGGACUGCAGUGGGAACGCCCUGGGCGAGGACCUGGACUUCGCCUUUGUCAGCAUCAUCAAGCUGGUCUACCUGGACCUGAGCUUCAACAACCUCACCCAGGUCACGUUCAGCACCUUCUCGCAGCUCAGCAGCCUGGUGGUACUGAAGCUCUCCGACAACCCCGGCCUGGUGGAGAUCGAGAAGGACUCCUUCGCCAACAACACCUGGCUGAGGCACCUGGACGUGAGCCGCUGCCGCCUGACGUUCCUCGACACCAGCACCGUCCGGGACCUGCCCAACCUGCGGAGCCUGGCCGUGAGCGGGAACCCCUGGUUCUGCAACUGCUCCUUCAUGGGCCUCAGCAGCUGGGUGAAGGAGAGCGGGGUCACGAUCCCCGACCCAGACAACGUCACGUGCUACGGCCCGGCCUUCAUGCACGGGCUGCGGAUGCUGGCGGAGGCGCAGGAACAGCUCCACUUCAGAUGCCACAUCCACCUGGAUGACCGCGACUACCUCUUCCUGGGCCUGGUCGGCUUCUGCAUCUUCUCCGCCGGGACCGUGCUGGCCUGGCUGCUGGGCGUCUGCGCCGUCAUCUACGAGGUCCUGACGGCCACCGGAGAGGACGAGGAGGAGGAGGAGGAGGAGGCCGCCUGA